AUGGCGGACGAAGAAGAAAUUCUGUUGCAAGGCAAAACACUUGCAGGGUUACGGGUUGUUGAUUUGAAGAAAGAAUGUGACAAAAGAGGUCUUUCAAAAGCAGGAAGCAAAUCGCAACUAAUCGAGAGACUUAAAGCUCAACUACUUUUGGAAAAAUUGCAGCAGCAGCCUGUAACUGAAUCAGAUGAAGCUCCUAACAGUAAGCUGAAGGAAGAUGAAGUUACUGGGAAUAAUGCAUUUAUAAAACAGUAUCUAGAGAAGCAACAAAAGAUUCUUGUUGUGGAGAGAGAGGCAAGGAAAAGAUAUUCUGAAGAAGAAUCCGAGAGUUCUCAAGAUGAACGUCCAGCAGACAGUCCCAAGAAAACAUGCAGAGAGCAAAGUAUUCCAGAAGAGAGCAUACUUCCUGAACCGGUAGCAAAGAAACCAAACAGUGCAGCACUGCCAAAAUCUCCAACACCGAAGGCUCCCCCUCCCCCUCCACCAACACCACCACCUCCACAUGCACAGAUGGCUGAUGGAGCUGGAGAGCUUGAAACUGGAAAACGAACAAGACGGAGAUCCAGUCUAAAUGAGGAGGAGAUAGUAGAACCAAAGGAAGUUGUAGAGGAAAGAGCUCCUAGAAAAUCACGACGCUGGAGACGGGAACCUGAAGUAAAACAGCCUGAACCAGAGAAGAUAGCGGACAUUAACAAAGAAGCACCUGAAGAAAGUGCAACAUUAGAAAAGGAGCAGAGUCAUGAAGAGACAGAAAUAUCCAAGGAAGAAGUACCUAUGGAAACAGAGAAUAUCUCGGAAUCUAAGUCCCAAGUAGAGAUCUCUGAGAGAGUAGAGAGCGUAUCAGAUGACAAACAUGAAGAGAAAGUCCCAGAGGUGGAAGAACACAAAGAUGACAGUAAAUCAGCAGCACCUGUAAUUAUGGAAGAAGAGCAAUCAGAGCCACUAGAAAAGGAAGAGAACAAAGUGGCAGAAAAACCUUCAGAUGACAUCCGUGAGAAACCGUAUGACAAUAAAGGAAAGGAAAGAGGUAGAUCAUCAUCAAGCUCUUCAAGUUCAAGUUCCAGUUCAAGGUCAAGGUCAAGAUCAGAAGAUAAAACUAAAAGAUCAAGGUCAUCUUCACAUUCUCGAUCAAGGUCAAGAUCAAGAACACCAAAGAAAUUGGCAUCGAGUGGUCGAAGGAGUUCUUCCAGUUCUAGUUCAUCAAGCAGCAGUUCCAGGUCACGUUCAAGGUCAAGUUCAUCUGCAUCAGACACUUCUGUAAAAGCAUCAAAGCAGAAGAAAAGGUCUCCAUCUCCUCCAAAGUUGAAGCAAAUAGCAAAAUCACCUUUGGCUUCACCUCAACCAAAAGAAAAGUCAAGGUCACCAUCACCCAAGCAAGUGAGGAAAAUAUCACAUUCUCCAAGAAGGUCAAAUGAUUCCAGUUCACCUCAAAGAUCAGGGCAAAAGAAAAAAUCAACUGCAAGAUCAAGGUCAUCAUCAUCGUCAGAUAGUGAAAGAUCCAGAUCUCGUUCAAAGUCACCAGAUCACAGUAACCAAUCACCCCUCAAAUCUCCACAGUCUUCUAGUCAUGCUAAAGACACCCAGGGGUCGAAGAAAGAGGAGAUGGAACAAAUGGAAGUUGAUACACCAGCUGAGAAGAAGGAAGACAGAUCAGAAGACCAUGCCGACACUCUGAUUGUGACUGAGGACACCAGUGAGAAAGCACUUGAUCAUAAGGAAGAAAUCCAUGAGCAGUCAGCCAAUCAGGACGUCAAUCCAAAGAAGAUUUCUCUCCAAGGUCGAGAAUCCCGGGACAAGGAUGAAGACAAGGAAGAUGAUGCAGAGAAAGAAAACAAAAAGGAGAAGCCAGUCCGUAAACGAAAGUGGGGCUCGUCCCGAUCAUCUAUGGACACGAAGCCAGUCAAGCGUAUCUCCAACAUCAACAUCUCUACAGACUCUCUCAAGGAACUGAUUCCAGAUAUAAAGAUGACAGAACCUGUUCUGGAUCUUGGAAAUGAUGACGAGAAAAUAUCGGACCAGGAGGAUGAUCAGCGUGAUGUUGUUAAAAUAAGGAGGACAGUGGUGAUGAAGGAGCAAGAUGAAGAGGCAUCAGAGGAAAAGAAGGAAAAUGAGGAAACAGGAGAGAAAGUGGAAGAGAAUCAGAAGGAGGAGGAAUCUCACAGCUCUUCUGAGGAGGCAGAGGAAGAGGAGAUGGAGGUGGAACAAUCUACAGUUACUCCUAAAAAAGAUAAUACACCUGUGAAAGAGCCAAAAAUCAUCCGACGAAUCAGUCAACCUGUCCCGCUUCAGGAACCUGAUGAACCCAUUGCACCUCCACGUUCACCAUCUCCUGCUCGUAAUUCUGUCAGUAAAGUCAUACAUGUGGGAAAUCUAGUCCGACCUUUCACCAUUAAACAACUGAAAGACCUUCUAAGUCGAACGGGAAAUAUUGACGAUGAAAGUUUUUGGAUUGAUAAGAUAAAGUCUCAUUGCUAUGCCACGUAUGAGACAGAAGAACAGGCUGUUCAGACAAGAAAGGCUCUUCACAAUACAAAAUGGCCAUCAUCUAACCCAAAAAUAUUAUGGCUAGAUUUCGCUUCCCCUGAAGAGAUUGAGUUUCACAAACAAAAAGAACUGGGACCAAAGGCAGCUGCUGUCCGAAGAGAUAGCCAACAGGAAGUGAAGGAAAAAAGGGAGAAAGAACGAGAGAAAAAGGAGAAAGAGGCACAGAAGAAAAGAGAGGAAGCUAAACCACCACCAAUCCGGGAGUGGGACAGAGACAAGAUCCGUCAGUCCAGAGAAAGGGAACUAGGGCCCUCUGGGAGGCGAGCAGGACGGUCAAGGUCUCCAUCUCCGGGACGAUCUCGACGAGGCCGUGAACGUAGCAGGGAGAAAGAAAGACGAGAUAGGAAAGCUGUACCGGAGAAGAAAGUGGAAGAUGAGCCUCCAGCUAAACUGUUGGAUGACCUGUUCAAGAAAACUAAAACAACACCGUGUAUAUACUGGCUACCACUUACAGAUGCACAGGUGGAGCAGAGAGAGAAGGAAAGACAAGAACGGUUAGCUGUUAGGGAGAAGAUACGUGCCAGGGAGUCUCCAGUAGACAAUCGGCCUGUGAAUCGUGAUAGAGGAGGCAGAUCUGACAGAGCAGACUCAGACAGACGUAGACAGCCAUCUCCUUACAGACGUGCUAGCCCACCACGUCGAGGAGGCAAUGAGCAGGACUCAUUCCGGGAUCGCAGUGGUCCUAGGCGUCCAGAACGAGGACCACCGCCACGUGGAGGUCCUCGCAGUCGUAGCAAGAGUCCGCGACGGCGUAGAUGAUAGACACAUCACUCAGGAAGGGUGGAGUGGGUUGGAAACAGUAUAUUAUGUGGGAGGAUUGGGCUGGGAAUCAUAAUUAUAUCACUAAGGAUGGUGGGAUGGGGAACAUCAUAUAACUCGGGAGGGUAGAAGUGUUAGACCAAGUGAUACCAAGAUGAUCAACGUCUCACUGAAGAUGACAUUGGUAAUAUUAUGGUAUAGCUACUUUUUGGCUGAAGGAAGUCUAGUAUAACUUUAACUACCAAUUUCAUACUGCACAGUACACUGAAGAUUUCAAGAAAAAAACCUUUUGAUGGCCUGAGAUAUUGAACUGAAAUUUGAAACGAAGUUGUGUGAUGAGAAUAUGCUGGUCAAGUUUCAAAUUGUUAAUUUAUUUUCCCAGAGAUGUUGCUAUUGAACUUGACCAAUUUUUGUGAAAUUACCAGUUUUCACUUAUUCAAAUUAUCAGUUGAAUGAUAUCAAAUUGGCAUUAAUUAUUAAUUAAACAUGUUUUGUUGAAGUCUGUUCAGGAAACAGUAGAUUUUAAUUUUAGUUUAACAAACUGAGCUGAAGUGUUGAGGAAUCCAAAUAGAAUUAACAAUUUUGAUGAAUUUUGCAUUAAAAUUACAAGAUGAGAUGCAGUGAUGAAUUUAUUUUUUAAAAGUUUAAGUAAUGAAAAAUAUAUUUUUAAAGAAAAAUGGAAUUAAAGAAGUUUAUCAUAAAAGAAAUGGAAUUAAAGAUAUAAAAUAUAACAAAUACAUUUUAUAUUUUAAUGGAAAAAAUGAAUUUACUAUCAAUGUAUAACAGAACUUAUAUACUACGUUUUAGGGUUACAUUUGCAAUUGUUAGAGAAAAUAAUGGUCUGGCAUAGCUUAUCAACCAGGGGCAUUAAUGGGGUUGAAAUGGCAGGAUUACAUGUUGUCAAGCAAGAAAUGAAGCAAACAUACUGGACUCAGAAAAAUAUGACUUAAGGUUCUUUGAAUUUAUCCUAGGCAGUUUUUUUCCCCUGAAACAAGAGACUCUUUCUCUUUUAAACUUACAGGUAAAUUGGUGACAAUAUUGACUAUAGUUCAAGUCAUCAAAGUUCAAUGUUUUCACUCAUUUUAAUGUUGAUCAUUAUUUCUUUUAUAAUAGAAAGCUGUUGUCAUAUUUUCUCUUUUAAAUAUGAUAUCUGAUUUAACAUGUACAUUUUGAGAGAAAUCAUUUUGUUUUUAAACAUUGAAUUCACCAUGUUUGUUCAUUCUGUAAAUAUUAAUUUUAUCACACAGUAUGUCUGUUAGCCUGAUUUUGUGGUCACAUCAACCUGUCUGUGACAAUAAAAUCCACUGAUACUCUACAAA